AUGGCUGCGAAUAUGUACAGAGUCGGCGACUGCGUCUAUUUCGAGACGUCGUCGACGUCUCCGUACCAGAUCCGGCGGAUAGAAGAACUAAAUAAAACAGCCUCCGGCAACGUGGAGGCUAAGGUCAUGUGCUUUUACAGGCGGCGGGACCUGCCCAACCCCCUUAUACAGUUAGCAGAUAAGCAUCAAAUGGCCCAGUCAGAAGACUCACCGGUCGCAAUGAAACUCAAGAAAAUAUGCCUUAAAACGCCUAUAGGCGAGGAACAGGCGGCACAAGCUGUAUUAGACCCUGCGAUAGUGGCAAUGGAGGAGGAAUCUAGCGAGUUGCCCGGCGGCGACGGGCUGGCGCCGAAGCAGCGGCACCAGGCGAAGCACCGCGAGCUGUUCCUCUCGCGGCACGUGGAGACGCUGCCGGCCACGCACAUCCGCGGCAAGUGCAGCGUCACGCUGCUCAACGAGACCGAAUCGCUGCUCAGCUAUCUCAAUAAGGAUGACGCAUUUUUUUAUUGUUUAGUAUUUGAUCCUUCACAAAAGACUUUAUUAGCAGAUAAGGGUGAAAUCAGAGUUGGAAGUAGAUAUCAGACUGAAGUAACUAAUUUAUUAAAAGAAGGCGAGGACGACGGCCGCAGCAGCGCGGAGCUGGAGACGCUGGUGUGGACGCCGCAGCACGGGCUGACGGACCGGCAGAUCGACCAGUUCCUGGUCGUGUCCCGCUCGGUGGGCACGUUCGCGCGCGCCCUCGACUGCUCCUCCAGCGUCAAGCAGCCCUCGCUGCACAUGUCCGCCGCCGCCGCCAGCCGGGACAUCACCCUCUUCCACGCGAUGGACACGCUGCACGCGAGCGGCUACAGCAUAGAGGCGGCGCUGUCGUCGCUGGUGCCCGCGUCCGGCCCGGUGCUGUGCCGCGACGAGAUGGAGGAGUGGUCCGCCUCCGAGGCGAACCUCUUCGAGGAGGCACUCGACAAGACUUUGUGA